UGUUUUUUUCCCACGCGCCUCCGCGGAUGUCACCGGCGGACGAGCUGCAGCACCGGACGGUUGGAAGUUGUUCCUUCCAUCACCCCAACAAGUCGCUCACGAUGCCCGCCGACAGUCUGCGAUGGGACACGCUGGACGCCUUGAAACAUUCGCCCAAGGGAAAAAUCAAGUUCGACCCGUUCUGGUCGGACAGAGGCGAGGACAUCAUGGCGGGAUGUAAAGAGGCCGUCAGCUUGUCGGCGAACUCCGGCAUCGUGUUGGAGCGACUCGACUCGUCGCCUCUGCUCAAGUUCUGCUUCCUGGGCUCCAGCUCCGGACACUCCAGCCCCGGCCUGUCGGAGGAGAUCCCAGCAUCCGGUUCCUCCAGGGGGUCGCUCCCCGACGUCGGCGCUAAGCUCAACGCGCUCUCUGCGGCCGUCGACCACGAGCAGAACGUCAGCCGUUUCCUGCUGCAGUCUUUUCGCAAUGAGGCGAAAGACGACGAGGCGGACGUCAGCAAGGUUUCCAGUCCGGCGUCGCUUCCUUCAAUCUCCCUGCUGUCGCCAAAAUCCAUGGAGACGGCCGGCCGCAUCAUCAAGUGCGAGGAGGAGCAUAGGAGAAAGGCCAAGGUGGCGCUGCGAGUGCGUCAGGAGAUGCAGGAAAAGAGGCUGGCGGAGGUGGCGGGCUCAGAGUCGGAGCAGCUGAAACGCUUCGAGGAGUUCAUGGAGCUGAAGCAGAGGCAGGAGUUCCAGAGCAUCAGGGACAUGAUGGACAGAGAAACUAAAGAGAGCAUCGGGCGACAGGAGAAGCUGAAGGAAGAGCAGCGGCACCGAAUGAAGAUCCUGAACCUGCGGAUGAGGGAGGCGGAGCAGCAGCGCCUUAGGGAGGCCGAGCUGGAGCGCCAGCGGCAGGCGGACGGCCGAGAGCGGCUGCGCAACCUCAACACCAUCCAGGAGGAGGUGCUGCAGCUCAACCAGCUGCUGGAGCCGUCCAGUCAGAACAACACGGACCUGCCCCCGGCCAGCCUCAGCUCCUACAGUGUCCGCGGCAACCAGCUGUGCUCCCAGGUGUCAGAGGUGGUGCGGAAGACGACCGAGGGAGCGUUUCCCAGCGUGGACGACAUGACUGUGGCCGAGCGAGCCCUCCACGAGAUGCGGGCGCUGAUCCGGCUGAUGCAGGAGGAAGUGGCCGACGUCCAGGAGAACAGGAAGAGGAGAGAGCAGGACGAGGAGGAGGCGCUUCGGAGGCAAGCGGAGCUGCAGGUGCAGCAGGAGGCGCAGAAGAAGGCAGCGCAGUCGGCCAAAGAGAAGGCUCAGAGGAAAGGGCUGCAGAACAGCGCUGAAGACAGCACGUUGAAGUGGUUCAGGGAUCUGCAGGACACGGCCACUCAGUGCGCUCAGGCGUUCGGACAACUCAACUCCGCCAAAGACGUCCAGACAAAGAAGCUGAAACUGGAGCUGCAGAAAGCGGCGACGCUCCCUGUCAACCAGAUCGCCUGCAACUCCGGGUCGCAGCUGCGGGAAAUCUUCGACAAGAUCGACAAGCUGCUGUCGGGCCGGGCGGUGGUGUCGGGCGGGAAGUCCGUGUCCACCUCACAGCAUCCGCAGGGCCUGGAGUUUGUCAGCUACAAACUGGCCGAGAAGUUCGUGAUGCAAGGGGAGGAGUCUCACCACGAAGCGGCCUUCCCCAUCGCCGUGGUGGCUUCUGGCGUGUGGGAGCUGCACCCAAAGGUGGGAGAUCUCCUCCUUGCCCACCUGCACAGGAAGUGUCCGUACGCCGUCCCGCAUUACCCUCCGAUGAAGGACGGUACAACUGUGGAGGAAUAUCAGAAGAUCCUCGGUUACCGUGUCAACGAGUCCGGGGUGGAAGAUCAGGACAACUUCCUGAAGAGGAUGUCGGGGAUGAUCCGUCUGUACGCUGCCUUGAUCCAGCUGAGGUGGCCCUACGGCUCCAAGCAGGGGUCGUCUCCUCACGGUCUGAACCACGGUUGGCGCUGGUUGUCUCAGAUGCUCAACAUGGAGCCGCUUGCUGACAUCACGGCGACGGUGCUGUUUGACUUUCUGGAGGUUUGUGGAAACGCUCUGAUGAAACAGUAUCAGUGUCAGUUCUGGAAAAUCAUCCUGCUGCUCAAAGAUGAAUAUUUACCCAGGAUCGAGGCGGUGACCAGCGUGGAACAGAUGGGAUCGGUCAGUCGACUCAAACAGUUCCUGGAGACGUCGCUGCAGCGCCGGACCAUCAACCCGCCCAAAGGUCAACUGAGCUCCAACUUCUGGAGGUCGUGAGGGACGAGGAGCUCGACCCUGAUGGAUCUUUGGAGGCCGAUGGCAAUAUUGAGAUCGGUUGGGUUCUAGUUCAGGGCAGAACAAAGUCAGAGAGGGAGGAAACUCCGCUGAGGCCCGGAGGAAAGGUGGAAGCUGCCGAGAAUACGCUGGUCACGUGUUAAACUUUGAAGCUUCUGUGUGUCUGCUUCUGUUUACUGGACGACUCAAAGAGCCAAUCAGGAGGUGGCUGACGGAGGAUGACGACUACUCUUUCAAACUACUUAACGGCGACAUGCUUGUGUUCAGGGAAACUCUAAUGGAGGAAGGCGGCGUCUCGCCAACGCAUCCGUCCUCCGGACACCUGAGCGUCCUCGUCCACACGUGUCUGUAGCGUUCCUACGUCUCACAGCUUCAGGUUAAACUUAUUGAUUCAAGUGUGUGCAGCACUUUUUUUUGCUUUCGUGAUCAAGGAAAUGCUACAAUAAUGUUUAACUUCUCCAGUUUCCAAGAUCAUACAGUUCAGUUGUUUCAUAAAUUUUUGUGUGUGGCUGCCUUAUCGUGCUCAUGAACUGUCACUUAACGACCAUUACAACUCGACAGUCGCUGUUCAAAUCAACAAAGUGAAUUGAUUGAUUUGAAUAUUUAUUUCCUUUUUUUUUAAUGUAUCCACCGUGUGGAGACGUAGUUUUUUACCGUAUUGACAAACCGUUUGUUUAGAUCAUUGCGACUCCAGUGAAAUGUGAGGGGGUAAAAAGUAAAAUUCACUGAUUAGUUUUGUUCCUGAGAAGCUUUGUGAUCAACUUGUUUGCUCGUCUCUGAACCAGACGUCGUCUGAAAUAAAAAACUCAUUGUCACUUUAA